UGGGGGCGUUACCUUGCAGACUAUAUAAAUAUGAGUGAAAUUGACUUGAGGCGUCGAGUUGCCUUAUUGCCAAACAAUAGUACUAUUCAUUAGUAGUAUAUCUGACCCAAAACCCAACCAUUUUUCCCCCUUUGCGUUGCAUCUCAGUGUUCUUCCAUUCUUUCCAGAGAGACAAAGUAAUUGACCAUGGCAAAAGAUCCUCAUGUCUCCAUCUCUCUCACCGGCCUCGCCAUGGUCGUCCUCCUCAUCUUCAGCUCCUCCUUCCUCCAGGCCGCCCAAGGAUCAGACAAGAAGAUGGCAAUGAAGUACGACGUGCCGGUGAAGAGGCUGGUGUACCGGCCGUCGGCGAUGCAGGCGGCGGUGAUCGGCACGGAGGCGGCGGCGUACGAGCCGUUCGAGCUGUGCAUGGGCUGCCGGUGCUGCGCGUCGUCGAACGCGAGCAGCUGCGUGGACACGAGAUGCUGCUACGCCAUCGACUGCAACAUCCCCGGCAAGCCCUUCGGCGUCUGCGCCUUCUCUCCCCACACCUGCGACUGUGGUGCCACCAACUGCACCAGCCAACAGCAGCCAUGACCACACACCUCUUGCUGCUGCUAAUUCAAUUCGAUCUCUUCCAUGAUCAAUAUACUUAUGCGCCUGAAUCAUUCAACUGUUUUCUGAUGCGAUUGCAAACGUAUUAAGUUUUUUCAGAGAUUCUUGGGACUUAGAUAUCCUGACAUGAGCAUGUUGAUCUGAAAGUUUAACUGCAUAUAGAAUCUUCAGAAAGGGAUUAAUUCUUGAUCUACCAGUUCCACAAACAAUUUAUUCGUGCUUUAAAUCUGGAUUUGCAUUCUCUCUUAUCAGAGAGUAAUUAA